AUAAUUCAGGACAUUAUAAAGCAAUUUGUAAAGCAUGCGAUAAAAAAUUUUCACCUGAAAAACCAUCACAAAUAGAAAAACAUAUAAUUAGUAAAUGUACAAAAGUUUCUGAAACAAUAAAAGAAGUAGUAAUAUAUAUUAUUGAAUCUUGUGCCAAUUUACCAAAUAUUUUUAGAACUAAGCAUUCAAAUGAACAAUUACGUUUAGAUAAAUUUCUUGAAA